GUGCACCUCGCUCCCGUGUUCACGUGCUGCCACCAUGAAUAUCCGGACCACCUGAUGAACGUGCAGCACCGCAACCUGCUCUGCCUGCCUGAGAACUACCAGAUGAAAUACGAUUUCUACCAUGGCCUUUCCUGGCCCCAGCUCUCCUACAUCGCCGAGGACGAGGACGGGAAGAUUGUGGGCCACGUCCUGGCCAAAAUGGAGGAGGAUUCAGACGACGUCCCGCAUGGACACAUCACCUCUCUGGCGGUGAAGCGCUCGCACCGGCGCCUCGGCCUGGCCCAGAAGCUAAUGGACCAGGCCUCCUGGGCCAUGAUAGAGAGCUUUAGCGCCAAGUACGUGUCCCUGCACGUCAGGAAGAGUAACCACGCGGCCUUGCACCUCUACCCUGACACCCUCAACUCUCAGGUUAGUGAGGUGGAACCCAGAUACUAUGCCGAUGGGGAAGAUGCCUAUGCUAUGAGGCGGGAUCUCUCGCAGAUGGCAGACGUGCUCAGAGAGCAGCCGGAGCCGAAGGAGAAGGGCGGGUGUAUGGUGCUCUGCUGCACAGAGAGCCAGGAGAGCCAGGACAGCGUGCUUCCUGGGUCAGAAGACGCCUGCCAGCAGGAGAACGCAGCUGCUGCAAGGAACCCAGCACUGACGUCCAGAGCAGCUCAGGGGACUUCAAUUCCACCUCCUGGAGCCUGCCUGAGAUUUGCAGGCCCUCAUGUUUCAGCCACAUCUAAUCCUUGGACCCCAGCUUAG